AUGUAUGGGUUACUUGGAGUUGGACGGUAUAGAAGAGGCUGUAUAGAAUACGAUAAAUUAGCGGUAAACAGGUCAAAGAUACUUUUACCGGCUGAGCAAAGGGUCGCAUCCGACCGGGACAGGGUCAAGUUUAGUCCAGAAAUUGGAUAUCGAGUACGGCCUUGGCUUUCUGUGUUUAUUGUAUGGCUUCUACUGAGUGUUGGCGACCCCGAAAGUUCUCGUAUUGCAGAUGCCAUGGAUACUCAUGGCUAG